UUCUUGGCCAAGGUUCCUAGACAUGUCGGGCGGGAGCAUCUCCACGGCCCGGCCCGGAGUGCUGCGCAGCCAGACUCCUCCGUUGCCUGCGAGGAGGACAGAGGAUGGGGCGGCUGCGGCCCGGCCGGGCGGCGCCCCCACCUCGCAGCAAGAGGAAGAGGAGGCCGAGAGCGGGGAGAGCGGCGACGGCGGGAGCUGGGGCUCCUCGUACUCCUCCGGCAGUGACGACGACCUUGAGGCUGAGUGGUCGAACAGUGUGCAGAAAUACGGGGAGCUAUUUUAUCUAGAGCUGAGUGACAGUGAAGAAGAAAGUCUCCUUCCAGAAACACCAGCUGUGAACCACGUCAGGUUCAGUGAAAAUGAAAUCAUCUUUGGCGAGGAUUAUCUCCGAGAAGGAAGAAAAUGUGAACCCAGACUUAAGAAGUUUUCCAAAAUUUUGAAAAGUCGGAGACUUUUGCCAAAACGUUACAAUAAAAAAAGCAGCAAUGGACCAGUAUCGAUCCUGAAACAUCAGCCUACUCAGAAAAUGGGCGUCCUUCUUCAGCAGCGGUACAAGGACGUGUCUGUCUUUGUAAACCCCAAAAAUGCGGCAGUCAUGAAAGCAAAGGAACAUCUCAGACUUCUGGAAUUGUUGCUGGGGAUUAUUCACCAGUCUAAAUGGAAGAGAAAAAGCGAAGGCACCCAUGGAGCAAGACUUGUAGUGCACGGCUUACUGCCAGGAGGCCCCGCCAUGAAGAGCGGACAAGUACUGAUCGGUGAUACCCUGGCCGCUGUCAACGAUGUGGACGUGACCUCAGAGAACAUAGAGAGAGUUUUAUCUUGCAUCCCGGGUCCUAUGCAGGUGAAACUAACAUUUGAAAUUGCAAACUCUGGGUCAAAAGAAGUCGUUCAGCCCAAACAGAAGAAGGCCCAGACAACGUCUAGUGGUUUAGUCAGACUACUCUGGGGGGAAGAGGUCCAGGAUCUUCAGCAGAAUCUCCAGAGCACCCCUCACAUCAUCAUGUACCUCACUCUCCAGCUGGACUCGGAGACAUCGAAGGAUGAGCAGGAGAUUCUUUACCAUUACCCAACGUCUGAAGCAUCUCAGAAACUUAAAAGUGUAAGAGGAAUAUUUCUAACCCUCUGUGACAUGCUGGAAAAUGUGGCUGGGACACAAGUUACCAGCUCAUCACUUUCUUUAAAUGACAAAUUAGUACAUGUGGCUUACUGGAAGGAAGAUGACAAAUUGUUAUUAAUUGGACUUCCUGCUGAAGAGGUUCCUCUUCCUCAGCUACGGAACAUGAUAGAAGAUGUUGCCCAAACCUUAAAGUUUAUGUAUGGUUCUUUAAACAGCGCCUUCAGUGAGGCCGAGAACGUCGCUCGUUUGGAUCACUUUUUCAACCUGUUCUUCCAAAGAGCGAUUCAGCCUGAGCUGCUUUACUCCAGGACUGGCGCUCAGUCCUACGAUGCCUCCAGCUCCCUGUUCAUCGACACUCUGCCUGGUGUCCAGUGGCUCACCCUUCCACAGGAAACGCAGAUGGAAAUUGACAUGGCACUAAAUGAUUUCGAGGCGGCAGACUUUGCAGAACUGUCUGAAGAUUACUACGACAUGAGGCGUCUGUACACAAUACUGGGGUGUUCUCUCUUUUAUAAGGGGUAUUUGGUCUGCAGCCACUUGCCAAAGGAUGACCUUCUUGAUAUUGCCACGUACUGUCGGCAUUAUUGCCUGCUCCCAUUAGUGUCAGAACAAAGGAUCGGUCACUUGGUCAUAUGGAGAGAAGUGUUCCCAAGGCACCAUCUUCAGCCUCCCUCCGAACCAGAUCCCCAAGUCUUUCAAGAGCCCGAGGGAAGAUAUUUUUUAUUAAUCGUUGGUUUGAAGCAUUACUUGCUGUGUGUGCUGCUAGAGGCUGGAGGGUGCACCUCCAAAGCAGUUGGGCAUCCCGGACCAGAUUGCAUCUAUGUGGACCAAGUCAAAGCUACUCUCCUGCGGCUGGAGGGAGUAGAGGCCAGCCUAGAAGCGAGGCUGGCCUCUCCUUCCAAGCCCUGUUUGUCUUGUGCGGACUGGUUCCUUCCCUCCUCCCGGGAUAAGCUAGAAAGCUUGACCUCCUCCCCUCUCCUCACCAAGCUCCAACACACCUCCAGAGCCAUCACCUCUCCUUCCAGCCGACGGCGGCUGUUCAGCGACCACUCGCUGAAGACGCGUAAGCUCAGUCCUUCCAGAAGCAGUGGGGGCUCCGACAAGGGCAUCGAAGGUCCUGGGGACGGGGGUGGCCCCAGCCCGCUCACAACCCCAGAUCCGCUCCGCAAGCAGGGAGCGGAAGAAGCUCAGAGUCCGGGAGGGCCACAAGCCAGCGGCGCCCUGCUCAAGGCCACUAAAAAGAAGGCUACCCUUCCCAAUCCUUUUCAUUUAGGAAAGCUCAAAAAGGACCUUUCAGAAAAAGAAAUGGAACUAUUUGAUGCCACGAAGUUGACAUCUGGCACUGAGAACACACUUUUUCAUUACGUUGCCUUAGAAACAGUACAAGGAAUCUUUGUCACUCCAACUCAUGAAGAGGUGGCACAGCUCAAUGGUUCUAUCCACCCUCAACUAAUAAAGAAUUUCCAUCGAUGCUGUCUUUCCAUUCGUACAAUCUUCCAGCAGUCCUUGAUGCAUGAGAAGAAGAAGAAGGCCCUUAGUGUUAAAGAUAAUUCAGAGUCUACUCAUGCUGCAUCCUCCCUCAAUCCUGUGAAAGAACAUGGCGUCUUAUUCGAAUGUUCCCCUGAAAACUGGACAGAUCAGAAAAAACCACCUCCAGUUAUGGCUUACUGGGUUGUAGGGAGACUCUUCUUAGAGCCCAAACCUCAAGAACUCUAUGUGUGUUUUCAUGACUCGGUCACUGAAAUCGCCGUCGAAUUGGCAUUUAAACUGUCCUUCGGCUUGGCCACGUGAUGCGCCUUCCCGGUCCUCCAGGCACGCCUCGGAGCAGCCAUCAGCAGAAACACCGACACCUACCCUGAGAUGGCAGCAUCUUUAAUGUGUCCUGGAAACAACUUUAAAUGGUCCCGGAAGGUACUCGCCAUUCUCAUUAAAUGCAGGACGCUUGAAAGGAUACUUCAUGUGUAUAGGAAGAUGGAGUUGUUAAUUUAUUGUCAUUGUAUUAUAUGUGUUGUUUUGUUGUAUAUUUUGAAAUAAUGUGUAUGGGGCAGCUAGGUGGUGCAGUGGAUAGAGUACCCACCCUGGAGUCAGAAGGACCUGAGUUCAAAUCUGGCCUCAGACACUUGACACUUAUGAGCUGUGUGAACCUGGGCAAGUCACUUAACCCCAAUUGCCUCACCAAAAAAAAAAAAGAAAAGAAAAGAAAUAAUGUUUAUAAAAUUUAAUAUCAAAUUGCCUUUGGGAAGAAAAUAUCAUGGAAAAUCUCCAAAAUCAUGUUAUCUUUGCCUUGUGGCUAAUAUUGAUAAGACGGGUGCAGGACCAGGAGCCAGGCGGCCUGUGCUCUGGUCCCAGCUUUUCUCCGAGCAGUAGUAGGUCUCCACACAAGACCCUGAGGCGCUGUUAUCAUGAGAGUAAAUCACAGGAUUGGACUAACUGGAUUCUAAUGCGCCUUGCAGCCUUCUGGGCCUCUGUUUCCCCAUAAGCUUGAAUAUUGGUAAUUUCUGUCCAGUCUUCUUUCCGAGGCAGGUAUUAAAACCUCACCAAUGGGGCAGCUAGGUGGCGCAGUGGAUAGAGCACCGGCCCUGGAUUCAGGAGGACCUGAGUUCAAAUCCGGCCUCAGACACUUAACACUUACUAGCUGUGUGACCUUGGGCAAGUCACUUAACCCCAAUUGCCUCACUUAAAAAAACCUCACCAGUUCAAAUCUCCUUUUCCCUACAAUCAGGAAAGGGUCAGAACAAAAACCACGUAGUCUUCACCCCUCCAGUCAUUGGGUUUUAAAACUGCCUGCUAGGAGCAGGAUUUUUUCUGUUUCCUGAGUAGAUGUAUCCUGUUUUUACACAGUAGACACCUUCCUGAAAAGCCACAUAUAGAUCAGCUUUCUGAAAACCAAGUUCUUUAUUACACACAAUAUGAUUCCCAGUUAUAGGAAUCCCAUGGGCAAAGUUAAUCCCGUUGGUUUAAAAAAAAAAAAGCAUCCACCUUUGAUUCAUCUGUCUUGCAAGUUUCCAACGUGGUUUUCUUUAAUUAAGACACUCUUAUGGUAUUAUAGGAUUCAUCUUAGCCUUUAGUAGAAAAGAAUAUUAAGAAAUCUUGAUGCUAGAAUUUCCCCUAACUGAGAAAGCUGUGUGGGGGGCAGUAAAGAAGCCUAGCAAAGGUGGCAGCCCUGCAUGGCUGUGUGGCCUGUGCGCAGCCCCCUUGGGGCGCAGGGCGGGACUCCAGUUGGGUUUCCUCAUAGCCUGGAACUAGAGAAGGGCUACCAAGACCCCCACGCUGGGCCGCAUAUCUCCAGCAGCUCCCUCUGCUUCUCUUCCAGAACCUCAGGCCAUGGGGUUUCAUUAGCUGGGGAGUAAAGCCUGGAGAUGAUCUAUUAUAUCCGUGUAUUCAGAUUGUUUCGUAUAUUUGGAUCCUUAGUGCCUGGUGCAUAGUAGGAACUUCACAUGUGCUUGCUGAUGGAUUGAUGGGGAAGGUAGACACCGCAGAGGCCUAAGGAAGUUGUCUGAGGCCACUAGCUGGCCAGGGUCAGGAUCAGGGUCUUCCUUCAGAUGAAUGCAGCCCGCAGCAAACUGCACGGCACGGACGCGUGUCUGAGCUCAUGCAGAGCUCGGGCCAUGGGAAAGUGUCAAGUAGAGGGGGAGUCCUGGCCUUGGGGGCAGAAGAGAUCCACUUGAGUUACACACACACAUGUACACGUGUGUGCAUUGUGUGCGUACCACAUGUGUAUUACACACCAUAUAAGUAUCCGUGUAUAAAUGCACCGCAUGUGUUUGUGCGUGCAUAUACACACAUGUAUACACAUAUAUGCACAUUACAGUAUGUCUAUGCACGCCAGUCAUUUAUGCGUGUCUAUGCAGAGCACAUAUGUGUAUGCACACACGUGUACACAGGUGACUGUGUACACACACACAUUGGCUGCAUAUGACCAUAGACAGUAUUGCUAUGAGCUUGUUUUCUCUUCUCUUUUCAAACUGUUGGCUUUUUUCUCAUGACUUUCCUGCAUUGCUCUUAUUUCUCUUUCCAUUCUUUCCUCCAUCUCUCUAAAUCUUCCUUCUGCCUCU